AAUUAGUUACGGUUGCUUGAUGGGGUCAGAAUUGUGGCUGCAAUGUUGAAUAAGGAGGUUUCAGGACAUGAGUUUGUGUUAAAUCAGAAGCUGGGUCAGAGUUAGUUCUAUCAGCAGUUUAAGGAAAGCUGGUUAGCAGACAAAAUGUUUUGGACAUUAGUUGCUAGUCGAGGAUCCGGCGGAGGUGUCCUCCUCCGGUCCCUUUGCCCCGGGGUUGUCACAGCUUCCCGGUGUACGCAGCCGCAGUCACGGUCAUUCUCCGGCACCGUCCCCACCACCCAAAGCGAGGCGAAGCCGUGUCCGGUGCGGCGGAGGUCUAUCUCCGUCAGCCCGUUCGUCAACGUGCGGACCCAUCUUGACUGCAGCAUCUCCAUCCGUCCUCUCGACACUCACGCCUUCCCCGGGGCUGACCGAGCCUUUAUCACCGUCCACGGCCCGGACUCCGAGCAGCAGGAGGUGGGCUUGGACCACCUGCACGUCCACUGUGACGGGGAGGGCAAAGAGUUAGUGAUCACCUCAGAGAAGAUCAACACCAAAGCGAUAGUUGAGAUGGACGCACCGAUCAAAAGCAAUCUCUUCAUCACAGCUCGAGGACAGGGCAACGUGCAAAUCAAACAGAUGGAGUGUGAUAUCUGCAGAGUGGAAACAGAAAAGGGCCACUGUUUGUUGCACUCUAUUAGGGGUCAUGAGGUGAAAGUUCAGUCCCACGGAGGAAACGUUACAGGCACAAACACAAUCCAUGGAAACGUGGACAUCAGAACAGAAGGCGGUGGUGAGGUGAACAUCAAGAAACUCCAGGGCACAAAGAUGAAUGUUUGCACAGAGUCUGGGUCUCUAAAGGUGAAAGCCAUCUAUUCUGAGUCCAGCUGCAUGUCUUCCUCAUCUGGGAAGAUUGAAUUUGGGCACGCACACGGUAAGACCACGGUGACGAACGUCUCUGGAGACACAGUCGUCGAUGGAUCAAAUGGUUUCCUGAAGGUUUCCUCUAACACCGGAGGCAUUGAUGUUUACGUGGGAGAUGGUUGUUCUGCUGAGCUCCACAGUCAGGAAGGCGCGGUGACUGUACGUGUGCCCUCCACAAUAAGAGUCGGGGUGGAGCUUCGUGGAACAUCAGUGGACGUCCAAGACGAGGCUGUUGUGCAUGGAGUAAAAAACACCACCGAUGACUUCACCACACUCCGCGGUUACAUAAACGAAGAGCCUCCAGCUGAGCAAUGGAUCAAGGCUCGAGCAGACAAAGGCUCCGUCACACUGAAGACGCAAAGCUGGUUUGAGUCUCUGAAAUUAGGGAGCUGAGAGACACAACAGACAUUUUACUGCAGCCCCAAUGACUGAGCAGGAUCUACCAAUCAUUGGACUUCAUGUCCAUGCAUCUAUUGAAUGUCACUUUGUACAGGUAUUUAAUAGGAAGCAUUUCUUCUCCAAAGUUCUAAGCUGUGUGAACUUAUGAAACAAACUAUUUUUUCUUGUCUUUAAAGUUCAGUUUUAAUUUGAAAUUGCUUUUUUGCAUCUUUGCUCUACCAUGUACAUAAAGUGUCAAAACUGAUGAAAAAUAUAAAAAAGCAGCGAACUGUGCAGAACACAAGCCACCGGUAUAAACUUUCACAUCACCUAAGUGCAACAUUUCUAUUUAGUUGGUGCAAUGACAAUACAGCAUAUAUUAAAGGCCCACUCUAAUGAAAA